GGAGGGGUACCCGGACUCCCACAUCCUGUCUGCCACGACCCGGACUCCCUAGGGGAUUCCAAGGGACAGCACCGUCCUCCCCACACAUCAUCAGGAACCGAAAGCAGAGAAUUUGCCCCACCUCGGCACUUCUGGAAGCACCCACUCAACUACAGUAUGAGACAAGGGCUUUCCUAAGAGACCUUUCUCCAACUUUCUUUCUCUGCGUGUAUGAGCCCGGAUCCCUUCGUCCCCGCCUCCUUCUCUCUCUCUCUUUCUCUCUCUCUCCUAUUUUGUCCUGGGAGAUUCCUACUCGCGGUGCGAAGCCUUGGAUCCGCUGGAAACCGCAUAGUCUCCGGCACCCUUGGCCGCAUGCUUGUCAGAGGGGGGCCCCGGGAAACACACUCGCUGCCCCUCCAACAAGCGUCCCUCGCUCCCCAUUGGCCCCCCGGUCCCCGCCCCCCACCGCCCCCUCCCGCUCCGCAGCCCCCGAGUGGCGUCAGCACGCCCGCCGGGCGUGGGCUUUAAAUGCCCACUAGCGGGAGCUCAGGCGCUUCUGCCCUGGAGCGCGGUCGGGAGUAAAAUCGCAGGAGUGGGAGGGUAGCGAGCCAGCUGGAUUCCGAGCCGCGGAGCGCGCUGGCUUCGCUCCGCCUGAUGACUCCGGAGCGCGGGUCCAAGCGCCGCCCAUGCAGCACCCCUGAGCUCCGGGGAAGGAGAGUUAAUGAAAAAACACUUAACCGUCUCCGCUGCGGAGAGUCAUGAGCUGUCUGGAUGUUAUGUACCAAGUCUAUGGUCCUCCGCAGCCCUACUUCGCAGCCGCCUACACCCCCUACCACCAGAAACUAGCCUAUUACUCCAAAAUGCAGGAAGCGCAGGAGUGCAAUGCCAGCCCCAGCAGCAGUGGCAGCGGCAGCUCCUCAUUUUCCAGCCAAACCCCAGCCAGUAUAAAAGAGGAAGAAGGCAGCCCAGAGAAAGAGCGCCCACCAGAGGCAGAGUACAUCAACUCCCGCUGCGUCCUCUUCACUUAUUUCCAGGGGGACAUCAGCUCCGUGGUGGAUGAACAUUUCAGCAGGGCCCUGAGCCAACCCAGCAGCUACUCUCCUAGCUGUACCAGCAGCAAAGCACCAAGGAGCUCUGGGCCCUGGCGAGACUGCUCCUUCCCGAUGAGCCAGCGCAGCUUCCCCGCCUCCUUCUGGAACAGCGGGUACCAGGCGCCAGUGCCCCCGGCGCUGGGCAGCCCUCUGGCCACCGCGCACUCGGAGCUGCCCUUCGCCGCCGCCGACCCCUACUCGCCCGCCGCGCUGCAUGGCCACCUGCACCAGGGCGCCACGGAGCCCUGGCACCACGCGCACCCGCACCACGCGCACCCGCAUCACCCCUACGCCCUGGGCAGCGCCCUCGGCGCCCAGGCCGCCCCCUACCCGCGCCCCGCCGCCGUGCACGAAGUCUACGCGCCGCACUUCGACCCGCGCUAUGGGCCGCUGCUGAUGCCAGCCGCCUCGGGGCGCCCGGCCCGCCUCGCAACCGCCCCGGCGCCCGCGCCCGGCAGUCCUCCCUGCGAGCUCUCCGGCAAAGGCGAGCCGGCGGGCGCCGCGUGGGCCGGGCCCGGGGGACCCUUCGCGAGCCCCUCGGGGGACGUGGCCCAGGGUCUGGGCCUCAGCGUGGACUCAGCUCGUCGUUAUUCCCUCUGUGGUGCAUCCCUCCUGAGCUGAUCUGCUGACCCAGGGUUUCCCCUUCCCCUUCCCUUCUGACCAGCCUUGGAGGCUCAGCAUCUGUGCCUCUCACUCCGUGGAUGAGGACAUGGGAGAAGGCAGAGACUUCAGACUUCUCAGUGUGUUGGGAAAACCAAAAACCACAACUACAGAAAUUCAUCUAAAAAUAAGUCCUGCUGCUGAAAGAGCAAAUCCAAAGACUGAGUUAUGUUUAAUGACUUUUGGCCGAAUCACUGGAAAUAUCUGUGGUGAGAUUGCUGAGUCAGGUGAUAUGAUAUCAUAAGCUUUCUUGGAACGGGGGAAAGAAAAUGAAACUUUUUGGUGUGAAUAUUUUUUAUGCUGAUGUGAAUUAUUUUGUUAGGUAGUGUGAUUAUAGCACUACUACUGUCAGAUUUUAAAUUGUAUGUGUACUUGCAUCUAAGACUGUGGUAGAGAAGUAAAGAGAAGUCAAUUCCUUCUUCCUCACCUCUCAGCCUCCAGAUCCCUUCCUCCCCAUCCCUUCCCUACAAUGCCCACUCCAGACACAAAGAUACACUUUUUUCCUUUGGACUGUGAACAUGGAAGCCUCAGCCUGAAUGUGAGUGGCAAGUGGCUUAUCUGGAGCCACCUGCCCAAGUCUUACUAAAAUGCAGCUGUUGUUAGACAACUGUUGAAAACUCCAGAAAUACAUCACCAAAGGUGGCAGUUCUCAGUAUUUGGCAGAACAAUUGCAAUUGCACUGGGUAUAUUAUAUAUAUAUAUGUAUGCAUAUAUAUCAUAUUUUUUACAAGGAACAUUUUAUGAUGAAAGAAGAAACCCUUCUCUGCCUUCUCUCCCACGAAUUCUGUCCCUGUAUCCUCUGGAUGUAAAAAGCAAGGAGAGACCCCAACUGUCUCCAUGGAGAAGAACUAGGAAUCACCACAAGGGGAAGAAAUGUACAUGAAGUCUCCAUUACCUCGAAUUUUUUUCUCAGUCUCACUGGUUGUGAUUUGGUCACUUUAGUGUUGGGACAGGGGAAAGGGUCUGUGCGUGGGCAAAGCUGAAGCUGAUAAGGAAGAAGAGAUGAACAUUAAAGAUGUCUAUUUACUAUGAGCUCACUGUGUUGUUUCAUAAAAAGAAAAUAAAUAACUUAGUUUUUUUCUAGUAGAAUAAAAUAACACAGUAGUAUGAUUUGAUGUCAGUAAUAUUACAUAUAUAUAGAUAGAUAGAUAGAUCUUUCUGUGUUUCCACCGUGUUUGCUGUGCUAUGAAUCUGUUAGCUGUUUCCAUCUCACAUCAACCUUGGAGAAUGAGAAGUUAGGUACCCCUGUCUGUUUUACAGAUGAGAAAAUUGUGGCCUACAGAGGCCAAGGGCUUGCCUGUUAACAUUCAGAAGUUAGAAGCAAAGAUGGUACAAAAAGCACUACCUGGUACAGAUUUAUUAUUUUCCAGAAAAGAUUUAUUGUUACAUGUUUAAUUCUAGACUCAAGACAGUAGAGUCAUCAGUUAAAAGUGUUUUUGAAAUAUUGGCUAUUUUAUAUUUUAAUAAGCUAGGCUAAGAAACCAAAUCUCUCACUAGGCAAAAAAGAUUUUUAAGAAAGAAACUGGUAGUUUUUCCCCUUGUUUCCUCUUGAUACCAAAGUUAUUUCUGUUCUUUCACAAAAGUGCCCAGUAGAGAGAUUUUGUGUGCUGCUCAGAUUACCCUUGUACCUUGUUAACACAUAAAAAUAUUAGUUCAAAUCUUGAUCUUCGUUAUAACAUGAGAGGCAAAUAUAAUUUAUCUUGGAUAAGUCUCAAGAAUUGGAAGCAGUUAAGGGAUCUAACUCACAGCAUGAGCUUGGCAGAGUUCCCCAUACCCUCUUUCUGUCAUUUGGCUACCUGUGAAGUACAUAUGAUCAUUCCAGGAAUAUGGUUUGCACUCUGAUGGAAGGUACUCUAUGAUUAUGUGCAUCACAUGUGAUAACAAUAAUCAUAAUCAUAACUAAUGUUAAUUGUUUAUCACGUACUGGGCACUGAUCUCUAUAGAUUAACUCAUUUAAACCUCACAACAAUUCUGUAUGCUAUUUAUUAUGAUGUUCUCCUUCUUACCUAUUAGAAAACUCAGGCACACAGAGGAGAAAUUAUUUGCCCAGUCAUGAAGCUUGUCAGUGGCAGAGUCAGGCUGCAAACCCAGGUAGCCCCCGUGCAGGGCUGCACUGUUAUUCGCUGCGUGACUGCUUGUCCAGUUCUGAUUUGUCUCUUUGCUCUUCAACGUUGGGCUUAUUUUCUCCACAAUAGAUGCAUAAAGAAAGGAAAAAAGUCAGAGAAGCACAGAUUGAUGAUGCUUUGGUAGAAUUUACAGAAGCCCAAGUCUUAAAGGAACUGUCGUAGGACAUUGUUCAAACUCCAUCAAAUGACACUACUUAGACCAUUCAGUCAGGUACAGCUCUCUAUUCUUCUCCAGGAGGGAAUUAUUAUUGCUUCUCUUAUUCACUUCAGUAUUUAACAGCCUUCACCACUCUGAAAUUCUUCACACCCAACCUAAUCAAGCUGUGUAAGAGUUAGCCUGAGGUUUGGACAUUGAAGCAAUAACUAAAAUUAACUUUGGACUUCUCUGUGGAUUGUUUUAAUCCAUGUUCCACUGGCAUGAAUCCCUAGUAUAUUCAAGUGUAAAUAAAAUGCAUUAAGUCCCA